AAUUCAAGUGUAUUGCAUUGCAACUGAAAAAAAAUGGAAAGCGAUCCCUACAUGAAAAAAUCGAAGCUAUAUUCCUUCGCUAACAGCUGAAAAGGCUCGGACCCGCGAGCUUCUUGGAAGAGCAUUGCGUUGCAUUACAUUUUUGGGGGGCUAAUGGCGGGGGCACCGGUCUUGCAAUCCGAUUGUAUAUUUUGCAAGAUCGCUAGCAAAUCUACUUCCACCACUCUCCUCUACUCCGAUGAGAAAAUCGUUGCGUUUCAGGACAUCAACCCUGCUGCUGACAGGCAUUACUUGGUUAUUCCUGUAGAACACAUUCCAACUGUUAGAGAUAUUCAGAAAACAUCCGAAGACUACACUUUGGUAAAUCACAUGUUAGAAGUGGGGCAAAUGCUAUUACGCCGAGAUGCACCUCAAUCCCUGCAAUAUAGAUUUGGUUUCCAUCAGCCCCCGUUCAACUCUGUUAACCAUCUCCAUCUCCAUUGUUUAGCACUGCCCUACACACCCAGAUGGAAACAUCUAAAGUUCUUGUCUUUGGGAUCACUUGGAUUUCUUGAAGCUAGCAAGUUAUUGGAGAAGAUAAAUCCUUCACCCCAUAUUGUUUCAAAAGUGUGAUUUUUCCAUGAUUUACACCUACAAGUGAUAAACAUUUGGUUUUCCAGAAAACUUUAUAUUGAAUACUGACUAUAUGCAGUGUUCUGUUUGUAGGGUCUGCUUAUUCCCCAUACCUGUAUCGUGAUGCUUCAGAUAUUACAGUAUUAUGUAACUUUGAUUUUUAUAAUGAUGCUUUAUCUGGAAAUCAAAUGCUGUUUACUUGAUGCCAAUUAGAAAUGCAAAUAUUAUUGUUUGGUAA